UGGAGGAAGAAAAGCUGGGAGACAAUCAGUGAUCAUUAAUAAUCAAUCGGUUGGCUUGAUUGUGAAUGCUGGUGAACAUUGUGUCGUCCUUACUGUCUCCCUUUGACCAGUGUCUGGAGCGCGGACCAUGGGACCACAGCAGGACCUCAAGAAAAUGCAAGAAAGGGAGAUUGCUCGCAGCCGGAUACCUCGCUUGAUCCUGCGUCCCUAUUUGCCAAAACAGAAAGCGUCGCCAUCUUCCGAGUCCCCAUUUUCUGACGAAGAAAGUAAAGGCUUUAACUUGACGUCAAGUCGAUCUGCAAGGACCAUAAGCAGUAACAGCUUCUGUUCAGAUGACACUGGAUGCCCUAGUAGUCAGUCCGUGUCUCCCGUAAAGACCCCGUCAGAUGCUGGGGUGAGCCCUGUGGGGUUUUGUACCGGCAGUGAGGAUGAUUGUCGCCACAAACAGGUCGGUGGAGGCAGACUUGCAGAUGGAAAUAUCCAGACCGUCCGAUUCAAGAAAGAAAUAAAGACCGCUUUGCUGAAGACAGGAAGUGAAGCUGACUUCAGUUCAUCGAGCAGUACCGGCAGUAUAUCUGCUCCAGAAGUCCAUUUAACUGCUAUCUCUGGAGGCAAAAAGGCUUCGUUUUCCCGCAAGCAUCCCUACAGACCAGAUCCUCAGAAACGAGCCACCCGGAUCACAUCUGAGAGUCGUGUCUCUCAUGGAAGAGGCUCUACUUGCUCUUCUGCAAAACCAGCUAGUAGUCCUCCUGCCUCGCGUGACAAGGAUCUUUUAUCAGUGCUGUGCAGGAGUCAGCUGAGCCAGGUUAACACUCACCAUGGCUAUGGAAUUUCAUCGGCUAGUAGCAGCAACUCUGGAUCGUAUAAAGGAAGCGAUACCAGCCCUACUCUGCGGCGCUCAAUGAAAUACACCUCUUGUGAUGAUAACCAUGGAAUUAAGCCUCCUACCCCUGAACAAUAUUUGACACCACUUCAGCAAAAAGAAGUGUCUAUUCGGCACUUAAAAGCUAAACUAAAGGAAUCCAAGAGUACUCUGGAAGAGAGGGAAGCAGAGAUAGAGGACCUUAAAUCUCAGUUGGCUCGUAUGAGAGAAGACUGGAUUGAAGAAGAGUGUCAUCGUGUGGAAGUACAACUUGCUCUAAAAGAAGCAAGGAAGGAAAUUAAGCAGCUCAAAUUGUUUAUUGAAACAAUGAAAAAUAGUCUGGUUGAGAAGGAUAAAGGGAUACAAAAGUAUUUCAUUGAUAUAAACAUUCAAAACCGGAAACUGGAGACAUUGUUGCGCAGCAUGGAGAUUGCCCAGGAUGAAUCGUUCCAAGAUGAGCCCUGUCUGGAUUAUAUCUGUAACUCACCUGGCGCAUCGCUGACUGAGAGCGCCAUUUAUGAUAAAAUGUCAGAAGGACUCUUGUUGGAAGACCAAGCAACAGAAGAACUGGCAGACUGUGAUCUUCUCAUCAAUGAUGACCUCGCAAACAAAGAUGACUUGUAUGAUGAAAUCAUGGAGACCACAAGCAAACUUAAUGAUUUGAUUAACCUGAAUUCCACUGCACUGCAAUCUAACCUUGAAACUACUGGUUUUGAGAAGGUUAAAGAGAAGGCAAAAUGGAAAUGCUCUGAAGAUCCCUUAUUGAUGGAGCAAGCCGUUCAGACAGACAUUGUUCCUUAUAGUCUUGAUCUUAAAAAUCUCAUGCUGAAGAUUUUCAAGAGCCGCAAUGACAAUCCAAUUGGAUCAUUUUCUCUACGUGGUCUUCAUUUGAAGUGUUCCAGUGAGCCAGCAACAUUAAUAGACUUGACACCUGACGACCCCAAUUCUGCAAUUCUUUUAUCCCCUGAGUGUCUGCAAGAGGCUAUGCCAACUGCUAAUGCACAUCGAGCUAUGAAAGAACUUGAUUUUGAUGGACCUUUAUCAGGAAUACCCUGCAGGGAGAUUGUUCAGGUCUCUGUACCAAAGAAACACUGGUGUGAUAGCUUUCUGACAGAUUUUAUGGCGGUGGCUGUGCCCAUAAUCCCUACAGUAAUGUGGGCAUUUGGCACCCAAAGAGGAAAUGUUGACCCUGUAUACAACAUUGGUACCGUGAUGCGUGGUUGUUGCCUUUUGGCCUUGCAUUCCCUCAGAAGUACACCCUACCGUCCUUACAUUUAGGUCUUUUGCAUCAGUUAUAAGACUAAAAACAAACCCCCACCUUAAAUGCUAAAUGUUGGUGGCUGCAAAGAGCACUUAUAAUAAAAAAAAAAGUCACUAUUGCACCUAAAAUAUUUUCAUUUGCACUUUAUCACCUAACUCACUUUAGAUUUUUUUUGCUUAUUAUAUUUGCAAAAGCAAUUAAAAAAGAAAAAAAAAAAAGAAAAAAGCGUACUAGUGAAUUUCUCAUGCUAUGAAUUGCACUUAACGUCACAAAUCCUAUAUCAUAUAACUGGUCUUGGUGGCAUUGCUUGGCUAUGCUUAAUGUUGAUUGGCUUUGCACAGAAGCAUAUAGAAAAAUGUAAUGACCUCUAACUGCAUUUGCUUAAUGUAGUCUUCUUUUGAUGUAUUUUGUGAAAGAAA